GCGGCCUCUCCGCCUACCCGCCAAGCACCGAUGCUUAGUGUGGCGAUGAUUGUGUCACUAGAGCUGCAUGUGGUCAAGAAGGAUGAGACACCUUUCGAGAGGGCCAUGUCAUGGGUGGCUUUGGUGGCUGUGUUUGCCAGCAUGCGCAUCGACGACUUGCAGGGCAAAUUUCGGGCCAACACUUCGAGGUUGCUUAUGGUUGAGAAUGCGUCAGCAUUCUUCACAGGCCACAGCCCCCGGAAUUGGAUGCCAUCAGUUGCCGCGGCCCUGGGAUACCGUUCAGACGAGAGGAAUUUCUUAGGCCGUUGGCUCAUAGGGGGUGCAGGUGCUGCUAAGUACACGCGGACAGCACGCCAAGUGAUCGCAGCAUGCAAAGCAGUGGCCUGUGGUUUGGGGGGCAUCUAUACUGAGGAGGAGGCCCUUCUUGCCUUAAAAGACUUCGUGGAUAAGCGUGGGGGUUCUGGGUCACUUGCACGCAGGAGGCAUGACAUUCAGGUUAUGGCUGGCGGAGUCAAGAGCCUGGGGUUGACUUGGCCCGUAUUCCAGGCCCCACUGGAGACUACACAGGUGGACGAUGAGGACGAGUGCCCAGAAGUUGUUCCGAGCCAGCCAUCUAAGUACUUCAUUAGUGUCAGCCGCAAGACAGGUCACAGGUUCAUGGAGCGUGUCGACAUGCAGGACGUUGAUUCCAUUUGUCGGGAUUGCAAGCAUCGCCUCAAGGCCGAUAGAGGUCAGCAGGGGCAUCGCUGUCCACCAUGUACCGUGUCACAUCAGUGCACACUGAUGGUGAAAGCUGUCGUCGACACCUAUGGCAAGCUGAGUGAGGGAGAGACUCCCUCUGGGGAGUAUUUGGCCGCAAAGGUCGAAGAGGUAGAAGAAAACGAACCCAGUGCCAGCACGCUGGACAGGAUAAGCUCCAAGAGAGACAGCCAAGUGGAAUCAUUGCAGACCAGCCUAGACGCCACUGGGCACGUCAGGGUCACGAAGACCCUCAACAAGUUGGAGAUGCCCAAGAAUUCCGAAGCAUAUCGCCGCAUCAUCAAGGUGGAAGCCUUUGCGUGGUUGACGAUGUCAGCCCGGUUCAAAGCUAAGACAUGGUUGCAAGGCUUGCUUUUGGAGCAUUUCGUGAAGUUCACUGAUUACAUCCUAGGGGAUAAAGUGGCCCAGCUUCGCCUCCCAUCCACUACAGGUGUUGAUUCGGCAUACGAGCACCCUCCUUGGCACGUUGUCCUUAGUUAUGAACUUAAGCUCAGGACUGAGGCUUUCAAGUUGGUGGUGGAGGACGGCCAGAGACUGUGUGACGCUCUGCAAUCUGUCAUGCAGGAUGCCUCUCUGAAAGAGACAUAUUUCUCCAUGCCCUUGGCCUUGCAUGCCGCUAGCAUCCAGCAACCAUUCAAGUACCGCAAAGGCGGGAACAAAGGCAAAGGCAAAGGGGGACAUGCAGAUGUUCCGCCACCACCGGGCAUACCGCCAGGGUUUCAACGUCCGGAGAAGAAAGGCAAGGGCAAAGGGAAGCUCAAGGGCCUCACGCUGGUGUCCACCACGCCGGACGGUCGCCAGAUCUGCUUUGCCUUCAAUGCACAGGGAUGCACCAAUCCUUCGUGUCCACGUGUGCAUGUUUGCAGGGUGCAGGGCUGCUUCAAGGAGCAUCCGGCCUUCCAGCAUCAGAAUCCACAGGAGGCACCGUCGAAGUGA